CGACCGGCUAGAGCGUCUCCUCUAGGACAGGGAUAUGUAUGUCCUGGUCUGAGUGCUCCAAUGCUCAGAAUGCUGCAAGGCUUCCUUGCAUUGGCUGUUGUUUUUCUCUCCCUCCUUCUGUUCCCAAUGAAUUAGGAGUUGUGAAUUUGGGUCUUCUUGGAAUUGUCCUCCAUUUUGAGAAACAGGAGUUUAUAUUGCCUUAUAUUAAUGUUUUUGGCUUCUAGUUGGUCAUGUCCUCCAUUUUCUUGAAUGUCCUACAUCAUGCCCUACAUUUCCCCUACACUUUGAGGGGCUAUUGGGGGGGGGGGUGCCAACAUAUUUUUCGCCUCUGGUGGCCAACUACCUGGAGCUGGCCCUGUUCCCUCUGAACCUGCUUCAGGCCAGGGAAAGUCUACUUUAGAAGCAGAACUUGACCAGUUGGUCAUUCCCUCUUUCUCUUUCACAGCCCUCUGAGGGAAUGUGCCUCCCUGGCCCUGAAUGCCUCUUGACAGCUAGAGGCUCUGGUUUCCAGGACCCACUGUUUUUUCAUGGUUGCCCCAGAAACCAAAUGGCUGAGGUCAGUGCAGACUUGGUUAGUGGCCAUUGCCCUCAGGAUUUGGCCAGACGUGGUCUUGAGGGCUACAUUGGCUUGGAAGAAUGCUGUCCUGGUGUAGGAAGGCCUGCAGAGGAACCAAAAAAAAGCUCAAGGCGGUCAAGAGGACAGUUGUUUCCCGUUUUAGAGGCUCCAAACAGAAGGAUGAGAAUCUGGGAACUCCUCCAAGCAUCUACAAAACAUCACCGGAGAAGAACUCCACAUAUAACGACUCUUUCAUCUUAUCGUAUUUAGAAAAUGGCACUGGUAGAGCGGAAGAUGUGUGUUGCUCUUUGCCCAAUUCAGAUGGGCUCCAAGAACCACAAAGAAGCCAAGAUGACAAAGAGCUGUCUCAAGCAUUUCCAGUAGAGACUUUUCCUCCCGACUCGACUUCCCUCAAAGUGCAGGAAAUAGAGCCAGAGGCCCAAGGAAGCUACGUUCCAAAACAGAAUGUGGAAAUCCAGCAACCUCCAGUUUCAUCAGCCCCAUACAUCAUCGGCCCCGGUGAGGAAUUCAUGGUCACCCAAUGGUCUCCAGAUGUGAGCUACCUCCUGUCUAGUUCAACAAGCUCCCUGGAUGAAGGUACUGACGUUCCCAUCCUCUACGAGCAAUCACAGUUCAGCCCAGAGGAGAAGAAUGUCUGGCUACAUAACAUGUGCCAGCAGUUCUCCAGCCUUCCCCUGGAAAGAGGUCGGAUUAUGGUAGCAAAUAUCGCCCAGAGACAUUUGACAAGCAUUCUAGAACAUUGUUUGGAAUCUGAUCAAAAAGAGUGUGAAGACAUUUUCUAUUAUGUCAUUGCCUCACCAAAGUGCAACCUUGAUGUUGUUCUCCGCUUCCUUCUGGAUAAGGCAAAUAAGGGCUCCUGGCUGCCUCAAGAGGGCGAGGAAAAGCUUAGGGUCAAGGUAUUAGCAGCAAGAACAAUUGUGGCGAUCAUAGAACAGCUCUGUGAUUUCAAGAGGCUGCAGUUCUGGUCCAAUUUUUUGUUUUCCACCUAUCUGGACAUCUUGAGCAAUCAGCCCCGCAGAACUGAGGAGGAAACCAAGAACAAGGAAAGCUACUUGGUCCCAGAAGAAAUAGCAUGUUUCCUUUCGACUCUGGUGAAGAGAUUGGCCUCCGAGAACCAGAUGUUACCAGAUGUGACCAGAUGAAGCAGAUGUUCCUUUUGUCCCAGAUUUACUAUGCAAUGCUCUACUACACCCGUACAGUUUGUGUGAAUUUGCUGUGUCUGGUGAAGGAGAUAGAUGCCAUCACAACACCCCCCUCACCCUAUUUUGAAUCCAUGGGUACCAGAGACUGGUGUGGGAACACCCAGGUGCUCAGACUAGUCUUCCACAUCCAAUUCCACUGGCGCAGAGAGCGGAGGAGAAUGAGCCCUGAGAAUAGGAAGAAGACUCACCCCAAAGUCCAAGACUCGUGAGAAAAAGAUUGAAUACAGUACUGCUUUUGUUUUGGGAGCAGUCCAGAGCAAAGAAAGACAGGACGCAUCCAUCUCCAUUGCCUCACAGAUGCUAUCAUGACAGAAAUGAUGAGGUGCUGCGAGGGUCCUGAGACGUCUGCAGAGGUGUGCACUCCAUGCCAGAUGCCAACACAGAAUCUGAAUCCAGCUGUGUGUGACGAAGGAGGUCCAAAUGUUGACCAAGAAAUGCAGUGGAUCUCAGCCAGGGAGGACAGUCCUGUACAAGUACCUUCUCUAACUAGCCUGCAUUUCCCAGCCCUAGCACAGGCCCAGCCCCAGGGGACAUAUCCCUUUGGGAGCUCUUCCUUGGAGCUGUGUGAGGCGUUCCCCAGCGAGGAGACAUGCAGGGACCCGGCUGAGCUGUCCUGUGAGGAAAUGUGCACCCGAGAGUCCACAGAGGCCUCACGUGGAGGGAAAUGCUGUGGUUUGCCAUAUGAGAAACAGUGUGAAAAUAUAUGCAAGUUUCCAGAAAGGCACCUCUAUGAAAACCUAUAUGAAGAGCCAUGGUCUGGGAAAGCUCGCCUACCAUCCAUUGUAGUAGAACCCAGCGAAGGGGAGGAAGUUGAAAGUGGGGAGCUUCGGUGGCCUCCAGAAAACUUCUCAUUCUUGGAGGAGGAAGAACAGAAUGAACUCUUCACUGGAGAAGAGGAUGCCCUGGAAACGGGGCUGUCCUCUUUCGAUAGCGAUGUGGAGGAAGUGCUUUUGUGACACUGAGUGAAGUUCAUGGACAGAUGGACAGAGUGGGUGGGAAGGAGUCAGGGAGCCUCCUAAACUCAUCCACAUGAAACCUGUACAGGGACUUUAGCCAUUUAAUCCAGAAUGGAGGCUCCUGAGCAUCAGCAGGUAAAUGGACAUCAAGCGGGCAUCUUGGACACUUUCUCUUUGCUUUUCUCAUAAUAUCUGUGUGGUAGAUAAUAGCCCAAAACAAAAUAAAAAUCCACCCCACCCCAAGAA